AUGUUGUGGAAAAAAGAAUCGAGCGAUCAAAAUGCAAUGUACGUUGAUUUAUUCCAAUCGACAUCGCGUUAUACUGAACCAGCGGAAACACUAUAUAUUCUACAUAAAAUGGAGAAAAUGCACCUCAAUUCUAAUGGUUUAUAUUAUAAAAAUGAUAUAAUUGCAAAUGGAUUCCGACAACAUGGCAAUAGAACAUUUGAAAAGCUUCAAUUUAUCAACGCAAUUGAAUGGUACAAUAAAUCACUGUGCUUUGCCGAAAACGGAUCCGAAACAAUUGGAUUGGCGUAUGCAAAUCGUGCAUCAUGUUUUCUGAAAUUGAAAAUGUUUAAAAAUUGCCUUGCUGAUAUUGAAUUGGCCAAACAAAACGAUUAUCCAGCGCAUCUGUUUGCCAAAUUGGAAAAACGAAAAAUUCAGUGCCUAAGUCGGAUGGAAAACGAAGAAGAUGAUAGUGAAAUUUGUGAGCCCAAACUGGAUUUCGAGAUCAACGAAAAAUUCCCAAGCCUCGCAAAUGUUCUGGACAUUCAAAUAAACGAUGAAUUUGGUCGUCAUAUCGUAGCAACAGAAGACAUUGAAAUCGGCAAAACAGUAAUGGUCGAUCAAUGCUAUAUCGGUGUCACAAAAUAUGAUCACUAUAAAUCAUGUAAAAUUUGCCUCAAACAAAACCAGAAUCUCAUUCCAUGCAAGAAAUGCAUAAGCUCAAUGUUUUGUUUUGACUGCAAAGAAAAUGAUUUACAUGAAAUUGAAUGCAACAUGAAUUUUGGAUGCCCAGCCGGUUACAAAUUCAUGGAUGUGGUACGUUCAAUUUCAUUGGCAAAAAAUGCAUUUGCAAAUGCCGAUGAAUUGAUUACUUUUGUCGAAGAUAUGCUGCCGAGUAAUACACUGGAAUUGCCAUCGAAUCUUGUUGAUUCACGAUCAAAAUAUCGCACGUUUUUCAAACUUUGUCCUGAUUUGCCGACAAACGAACUAUAUUUACAACAAGCAUAUCUAUUCUAUCAAUUGCUUCUUGAACAAAAGGAAAUGCAAACAUUUUUUCACACAACCGCACACAAACGAUUUCUAAUGCAGUUGGUACAUCAUCAUAUCUGUGUGAUUCUUCGCGGAGCCUAUAAUAAACGGACUGCAGCAAUUGGUGGUGUAAACAUUACUGAUACGUAUAUUAACCUCAUCGCCAAAAAUUUAAAACAUUCAUGCAUUCCGAAUGUUUGUUACAUUCUUAAAAACGGUUUUAUCACUGGUAUUACAACUCGACCGAUCAAGAAAAAUGAACAAUUAUUCAUUUCAUAUACUAUACUGGAUACUUUUCACUCAGAGGCAGAACGACGAGCAACAUUUAAAGACAGAAAUAUAAACUGCAAAUGCGAACGUUGCAGUUUCAAAACGUUGCCAUCCAAUCUUCAAAUGAUAUCUGACUCAAAUUUUAAAUUUAUCGAAAAAAAUUUCAAGAUUCAAACUUUGUGUAAUGGUUUCUAUGUUCGACCACGAAUCGAAUUGAUGAAAGAGAAAUGUUUCAGUUUUUUGAAAAUGUACGGACAAAUGAAAUGGUCUAUCGAAAUGGAUCGCAUUACAAAUGUAUUGUCUUAUUUGCUAAACGAAUGA